AAUUGUGCUGGGAUUUUAAGGCAAAUGCUGCUGUGCCUCUUGGAGCGUGCCUUAUUGUUCUCCCAUGCUCCUAAACCAAGGUACCUAAAAUCAAUGGCAGCAGUGCUGAAAAAUAGGUCAGCUUGGGGCUUCCAGGAGGCUUUCCCUGCCGGCCUUCCACCGGUUCUCUCACCUUGGCUGCCAGGCCCUGGUAGUAAACAACAGCUGCUUACCAACCUGACAGAGGAGAAUGCCAAGCUCUGCCUAAGGGACAAAGUCCCCUGAGAAUGGGAGGAGAGCGAGCGAGCAUCUUUGGGUUAGCAGCACCAGCAAAGGAAGCAUCUUCCUGCCUAGGCUCUCUCUCUCUUCAUUUUGGACCAGUUCAGAUCCCGCUGCAAACCCACACUUGCUCGCCAAUCUUAAGAAAGAAUAAGGAAGCAGAAGGAGAAUGCAUCAGACUUCUGGCAGGUGUGAAAAGCAACAUUGUUCCUGGAUGGAAUUGAGUUAGGAUGAGGCCACACUGUCCACAUCUCCUGCUUUUCAAGGCAAGUCUCCUAGGUAGCAAAGAAGGCUGUGUUGCUGACGGGUCUCCCCAUGGCUGAGAAGGAGGUCCAGGGGCUGGAGGCCGAAUGCCCCAUCUGCUGGAACCCUUACGACAACACUUUCCGCACCCCCAAGGUCCUUCAGUGCCAACAUUCCUUCUGCAUUGAGUGCCUGGCUCAUCUCAGCUUGGUGUCCCUGGCUCAGAACCGCUUGCAGUGCCCACUCUGCCGCCACCCUACCGUCCUCCCCUCUGACCAGCCCGUCACUGAGCUGCCCACCAACGAGGCCAUCCUGCGCCUGCUGCGCCUGGAGCCCAACCACAUCAUCCUGGAGGGCCGGCAGCUGUGCUUGAAGGAGCAGCGCAAGAGCAGGUACUUCCUCCGCCAGCCCAGGGUCUACACCUUGGACCUGGGCCCAGUGACAGAUCCCAGCAUUGACAGCUACCGUGAGCAAAGCCGCCCGGCCAGCACUACCACUGCCGCCACAACCCUGCCCAACCACCACCGCUCCCCAAUGUGGGCGUGUGCCUGCAACCCCCAGCUCCGGAUUUUCACCUACCUGAUGGCUGUCAUCUUAAGUGUGACUUUACUACUCAUCUUCUCUAUCUUUUGGACCAGGCAGUUCUUUUGGGGGUGGGGGUGACAGGGACCAGCAGCCUCCUCAGGCGGAAGAUGCUGAGGGCAGGGUAGAGGUGGUUGGCAAGCAGCAGCAAAGUGUUGGGAGGACUAGCUUGCGUGUGCUACACAACCUGCCUUGAGUUCUCUAAGUCAGCUCAAGUGUGCUGGAAGACACUGCCCAGAGUUAUGAUUUAAGACUCAACGCUCUGUCAGAUUCUGCCUAUCAGAGAAGAGAGGGGCUGCCAAUUGUCCUUCACCCCAGACAGCAAAAUGGUUUGGACUGCCACUGGGUCCCAGGAUUUGACCUUGAAGGUUACUUGUGAGCUUUAAAAUAGGGAUGGGGAUGAGGACAUGGCA